UAGCCACCGGCACUGGACAUCACAGGUGUGCCUGCAAACGUUAGUACAGCUGCUGCGCGAUGGAUUCGGAUUCUGGCCCCCAGCCGCGCGGGCCUGUCGCUCGCUGUGGUGCCUCAGUCAGUCCUCAUUGUUGGCUGCUCGUGGGCGUGUGAGUGUGUGUGUGAGUGAUAGCCUGAGGGUGCCGUUCAGCUCACUGGAACUGACACCAAGACUCAUCUUCUCAAGCUUGAAGGUUCCUGCCCAAGACGACUACCCUGUCCAGUGCAGCUGAACCGUCACCACCAACACACACAUCAGGCAACUUCGGGGGCUAGGGGACACCGCCCCAACACUCGGGGCCGACAGGAGCUCCCUCACGGCAGUCACCACCUACCUACCUGCCGCAGGGCACUAACAGUCCCCCUUACUAAGCUUACUUCACCUAACCCAGGCCGGGUGUCGGUGUAGCCCGCCACCCCGCCCACCCACCCAUCCUCUCACGCCCUCGCCAUGGAUCAGGUUGGUCGAGCAGUGAGAAGGGCGAUGCCCGGGAGCUGGUCUUGCCUGAGGUUCGCCUUGUACCAGACCCGGGCCAUCCCUGUUCGUCCCCUCCCCCGAUGCAUGUAUCAUGUCCUAGCGAGAACGCCAGUCGUGGACACUGCCCCUCCCUCCGCUGCAGACGCUGCAUGCCGGCUCUUCUUUACCUCUAGUGAAUCGGAAGCAUCGUGGAGGGAGAGCAUCUGCAUCUCCGUCGACUGUGAGGAUGAAACGCAUCCCCGUGAGUCAGACAUGUCAAGUGUGGUGUCUCGUUCCAGCGUCACGCCCAUCAACGUGGAGGAUCAGCUCUUCGAUAUGUUCAAGGACGAGACUGACAACACCGUCCACAUGGGGAAGUUCCUGGCCGCCCUGACGGAGACUGGGCUGCGGAAGACGGACCCUCGCCUGAUGGAGCUGAGGAACAACCUGAUGGAGGUCCACACCACCAUGGACGACCCGCGACACUCGCUGCCCACCUCAAGCUCCAUCGACAAGACGACUUUCAAGAGGGACCGGCACAGUCGUUCCCAGAGUCCCUCAGUGAAUGGGUCUCCUCGACGCUCAGUCCCCAUCGUGUCUCCGACCUCAAGAUGGCUCGACAGACAACAGUUCAAGAAAGUGAUACAGGACAACAUUGUGCUCAUAUCACGGGCCCUCAGACACCAGUUUGUCAUCCCGGAGUGGCACGAGUUCACGCAGCACAUUGAAGAGUUCUACUGGUCCGUCAAGACUCUCACAGGAGGCAAGGUUGCUUCAUACAUUCCCCAGCUUGCCAGGUUCCACCCCGAUCACUGGGGUGUGGCCGUUUGUUCAGUGGACGGCCAACGCUAUGAGAUUGGAGACACAAGCAUGAACUUCACAAUGCAAUCAUGCAGCAAACCUGUCACCUACGCCAUCGCCCUCAACGAGUUAGGGAACGAAACUGUGCACAAGUACGUCGGCACAGAGCCCAGCGGACGCAUGUUUAAUGCUAUUGUCCUCGACUACAACGACAAGCCCCACAACCCUUUGGUGAACGCCGGCUCCAUCAUCAUCAACAGUCUCCUCUACUCCCUCGUCAAGCCUGAAAUGUCUUCCUCAGAAAAGUUUGACUUCGUUCAGACUUACUUCAAGCGCCUGGCCGGAGGGGAAAACAUCGGCUUCAGUAACGGCACCUUCCUGUCGGAGCGGGAGAACGCCGACAGGAACUACUCGCUGGGCUACUACAUGCGGGAGAACAAGUGUUUCCCGGAGAAGUGCGACCUCAUGUCCUCCCUCGACCUCUACUUCCAGUGCUGCUCCAUGGAGGUGACGGCAGAAAGUGUGUCGGUGAUGGCAGCAACACUGGCCAACGGCGGCAUCUGCCCCACCACCGGCGAGCAGGUGCUGAAACCCAACGCCGUGCGGGACGUCCUCUCCCUCAUGCACUCCUGUGGCAUGUACGACUACUCCGGCCAGUUUGCCUUCAAGGUGGGGCUGCCAGCGAAGUCUGGCGUGUGUGGCGCCAUCAUGCUGGUGAUUCCUAAUGUCAUGGGCAUCUGCACCUGGUCACCACCUCUUGACUCCCUCGGUAACUCAGUCAGGGGCCUCAAGUUUUGUGAGGAGCUGGUUCAGGUGUUUAAUUUCCACCGCUACGACAACCUUCGUCACGCUGCCAACAAGAAAGAUCCUCGCAAGCAGAAGUUUGAGUCCCGGGGUCAGAAGGUGGUGUCCCUCCUCUUCUCUGCCUCCGCAGGGGACGUUACUGCCAUGAGAAGAUAUGCACUGGCUGGUCUGAACAUGGGACAGAGUGACUAUGAUGGGCGGACAGCACUUCACCUGGCAGCAGCUGAGGGGCACCUGGACAUUGUCAUCUUCCUUCUGGAAAAGUGUCAUGUUCCUCCAAGCCCCAAGGACAGAUGGAGCCACACACCAGCUGAUGAUGCCGAGGAGUUUGGUCACCAAGAAGUGGCCGAGUACAUUCGAGGUGUGGAGGCCAAGCUGGAGGCAGCCAAGGAGGACAAGGUCAUACCGGAGGUGGAGGAAGAGGCACAGGCUGAACAGUAAGGAGCUGACACUUUCCCUUUUUCUUUUGUUACAAAUCAUUAAUUGCUUCAUGAAACCAAGCAAAUUGGUUGACAUUGUUUCUUUAUGUUUCACCUUCCUACACACACACACACACACACACCUUCUCUCAGUAGCUGUGAUCACUAGCUCAAAAUCCUUUGUGUAACAUCUCGUGCAGCAUUGCUAUGUGUUAAUUUUAGGGCUUUGGCAUUUGGAUGUCAUAAGUAAAAGACAUGUAAUUAAUAUUACUAUUGUGUAUUUUAUUUUAGUUUAUUUUAUUUUUAUUUUAUUUUUUUAUUUUUUACCUUAAGAAUUUAUUUUUUCACAAUAUUUUCAAAGAAUUAAAAGUCUUCUGUCAAUUUUUGUAGUGUUUGGAGGGUGAAAUUAAAGCUUAUGGAAGACCAUUUCACAAACAAGUAGUUUAUUAGCAAGUUAGGGUAAUGAUAAAGGUUUUUGUCCUGAGCCACAUAUAAGACCCAUGUAUAAGUUGGGUAAGUGCAAAAAUGCACAGGUACGAGUUAAAAGCAGCACAGGAGUUAAGGUUAGUGCCAAACUACAUCAUAUAUUCACUUAAAAGUAAGCAUCAGAGAUCAGGAGGCAGGCAGAGUAACAGCAGCGGACCAUCAGAUGUAGUCUGUAAUAAAGUUGAAUGAUCCUAAAGGAUGAUGAUGUGGAAGUGAAUUACUGAAUUGGUAAGAUCUACCCCUGUGGCACUGCAAAGUUUGACCUACUAAGUUUCAUACAGCCAUUUACGAACCAUUACUGAAAGCAGAGACCUUCACAAAACCAUAGAAACCAUUAAACACUACUAGACUCUUCAAAGUAACGUGGCACUGUUAGUCAUCAGUGCUUACUGUUCCAAUUAUCCUUCAGGAGAUGGGAGUACUCAACUAAACUUUAAAAGAUGAAAGCAUCUGGACUUCCUGUGGAGAUUCAGGUGAAGUUUUUUCUGUUAUUUUCGUAACUGUUGAAGGGGAUGUCUCAGGCAAAUCUGUUUUUAUUCUUCUGUUAAAAUAUUGAAAAGUCGUAUAUUACAACCACAGUACAAGUAAAACAAUCCAAUUCAUAGUUUUGCCAAAUGAACUUAUCUUGGUCCUCAACAACAUUGGAGCAUGAAGUUACUUUUAAACAUUGAAUGCUUCCAUUAUUGAUGUCAUUAAAAGUACACAUAACUGCAUUGCAGGUUUUGCUAUGACGGUAUGCAAAUACUUAACUUCACACAAGUUUUUGAUGGUAUAAGUGAACACAGAAAACAGAAGUAAGUCAGGCUUUCAUCUGUUUUUAGGGACGCCAAAAUAUUCUUGAGUCUCUUCAUUGCAGGAAGACUUUUUCUUGCAUAUAUUUAACAAUUUGAUUCCUUAUCCACUCUAGAUAUAUAUGUGAAACAUUUAUACUAAUAGCACAAACUUCAGGUGAGGUGCUUAAGCAAUCUUUGUUUUCAUAUAUGUAAUGUCAUUAGUCAGUUUGCCAGUUAUGGAACAUGUAUGUAUACUUACACUUUAUAUAUUUAUAUUAAUAUAAAUUUCCCUCCUCCACAUGCUAGAAACUGUGUUGCUAGCUUACAAAGUGCUGACAAAAUCAUCCUUUUGAAUGCUCUCAAUACACAUCAUGUAACAUCCUGAUGAGUAAAUCCACAAAGAAUGAGCCCCAAUAGUUGUAGGUAGACCAUUACCACUACUUGCUUCAACAGUAUCACCAAAAGUGCUUCAUUUUAAUCACAAAAAUAUACUUUGUGAAACACCAUAGUGUUACUCAAAAUCUUGUUCUGAUCUCACCUUUAUCAUGUAGAAAAUGUUGAUUUAUUUCAACAUGUAAGUGAUGCAAAUACACGAGUCUAGAUUUGAGACACCCCCUUUAAACAGGCCCAGUUUUGACCACAGAUUCAGAGCCUGUUUUGAAUAGUGUAUUGCACUGCCUUGCCUUACACAAAGAUAUUCUUGAUUACUAUCAACAGGAAUGUGAUUCUAUAUCUUCCAAAUUGAAAUGGUGUGCCUUGACCUGUAGUUCAGGAGAGCACAAUAGGUUGUGAAGCACAAGCACCUGCACAUCUUUGCACCAUAUUACUACAGCCCUCAGCCCCACCACCACUUCCAUGCUGCACUGAUAAUGCUGGGAGUCUCAUUUGUGUGGUGUGGUUUGUUAAAAAAAAAAAUUAUAUAUAUAUAUAUA